GAGACAGAUAGCAGAGAAGAGAACAUUCCACACAGAACAAUCGUGGAUCAAAUUUGUCAAAGAAGCAGCAGCAGUUCUAUCACUAUCAACAGAAAUGGAAGAAGGAGAAAAAGAAGAAGAAGAGAGCGAAUCGGUAAGAGUAAAGGACAUCCUUCUGAAGCGGAAGAUCGGAAAAGGGUCGUUCUCGGCGGUGUGGAAGGCGGAGCACAGAGGCACCGGCGAAGAGGUGGCAGUGAAACAGGUCUUCCUCUCCAAACUCAGCCCUCGCCUUAAGUCAUCGUUCCACUGCGAGCUCAAUUUCUUGUCCUCCGUCAACCACCCCAACAUCGUUCGCCUCCUUGAUUUCUUCCAGUAUGAUGGAUGUGCGUACUUGGUGAUGGAGUUCUGUGCUGGAGGAAACCUUGCUUCUUAUAUCCGAUUCCAUGGGAGAGUUCAACAACAAACUGCCAGAAGAUUCAUGCAGCAGCUUGGUUCUGGUAUGAAAAUAUUACAAAGUCAUGGUAUCAUUCAUAGAGAUUUGAAACCAGAGAACAUUUUGCUAUCAAAACCCAGAGAUGAUGCGAUUCUAAAGAUUGCAGACUUUGGUCUCUCAAGAACUGUACGUCCGGGCGAGUAUGCGGAGACAGUCUGUGGUACGCCAUUAUACAUGGCACCGGAAGUUCUUCAGUUCCAGAAAUACGAUAGCAAGGCAGAUAUGUGGAGUAUUGGGGUUAUUCUUUUCGAGCUUCUAAACGGCUACCCUCCUUUUAAUGGCAGAAAUAAUGUUCAGCUGUUAAAGAAUAUCAGAUCCUCUACCGGCUUGCCAUUUUCUCAGAUGAUUCUUUUAGGAUUGGAUCCUGAUUGUCUUGAUGUUUGUUCAAAACUACUAUGCUCAAAUCCAGUGGAUCGCCUAUCUUUCGAUGAAUUUUAUCAGCAUAGGUUUCUACGUAGAAAAGUGAUGGGAGCUUGAUGGUAACCCACGAUUAACUGUUCAUAAUUUCCACAAGAUCAGCAAUUCAGAACCCAAGAUGGCAACUUCUUUACAAGUCCAACAAGGCAACAAGAACAAUAUCCGACGAUCACAUAUGUAGGCAUAAGAUAUUAACCAAAGUCGUUACUCUAAUGAAGACAUCUUCAUGUGAAGAAUAUAUUAUAAACCAUUAAAUGGUUUAAUAUAUUUAACUAAAUAUGUUUAAUUGAAU